GCAAGGUUGCCAUGUUGACUGACCAGGAGCUUGCCAAACUGCAAAAGCUGGAGGAACUACUGGAACCUUGCAGAUAUGUGACUGAACUGCUGGGGGGAGAGCAGUAUGUCUCCUGUUCAGUGGUCUUGCCAGCCUUACGCCACUUGUUCAGAGUUAUGGAGCCCUCAGACGAUGAUCCAGUUUAUGUUCUGAGGUUCAAGAAGGCCUUUACCACAGACCUAGCUCAACGGAAGGAUAGCACCAACCUCAAAUGGCUGAAGAUCACUACUGCCCUUGACCCUAGGUUUAAAGACCUUAAGUGCCUUCCAAAAGAUGAAAAGAGUGAGGUGUGGGCUUCAGUACGUGACCUGAUGAUGAGAGAGACACCAGCCCAACAACCAGCUGCUGAGACAACAGAGGAGCCGUCACCAAAGAAGAGGAGGAGGAUGUCCAUCUUGCUGUGUUCUUCUGAUUCAGAUACAGAUGACGAGGAGGAGUCCAUAGAGCAUUGUUUGGAUCGCUACAAAGCAGAGCCAAAAAUGGAAAUAGAGGGGUGUCCACUACAGUGGUGGUCAAAGAGAGAGGGAGCACAUGCCAGGCUGGCACCCAUUGCACGCAAGUACCUCUCAACCCCUGCAACCACAGCGCCUUGUGAGAGGUUGUUCUCACUCUCAGGCCACAUCAUUCAAAAGAAGCGAGCUUAUUUGUCCCCUGAUAACGUAAACAAACUGGUCUGCCUCAGCAACUGGCUGAAAGUAAAGAAGGACUAAGUAAAUUAUCUUUUUGGAGUGAAAAAUGUUCAACGUUCUUAUUUUUUUCGACUUAUUUUUUGUAUUUGCACUUUGCAUGUGUGCACUUUAAGCCAUUAAAAUGGUCUUUGAAUUUAAA